UGUUGCUCGGCACCCUUGGAGUGCCACUGUUAAUGGGUCUCAAAUCCGGGGCCAUCAACGCCCGGCCGAGUAAGGUUGCAAGUGGGCCAGCAAAUAUCUCCUGCACGCAACUGUCCAAGACCGCUGUUUCCCUUUGCCCCCCCAACAGAACGCGUUGCAGGACAUUUUGGAGCCGGACUACGCAUUCGACCCCGAGAAUAACUUCGUUUGAACGCACGCGUCGUGCGUCUUAUGAAUAUUUCACAAUCGCGCGGACCGUUUCAAGAGUACCAAGAUGGCGAGCGCUGUCAAGAAGCCCCCCGCGACUGGCCGCGAGACCCCGACAGGAACACCACAACGUCCGACUCCUAGAGCAGCGACACCAUCAUCAACCAGCAACCCUGGCAACGCUGGCGUUGCCCGCACCAGCUCGACACGCACCGGCACACCGGUCUCUGCUCGUGCUGCCGCCCAUCAGAGGCGCCAGUCGAUGAUGAGCAACGGAACAGCGGUCAACGGCAAAGGCAGAAAUUCGCCGGACCUUGAACGCGAGGAGGCUAUCCGCGCCGAAACGAUGGCCGUAAUAGACGACCUGAAGGAACGACUAGCGCAGGCUGAGUCGUCCUCCGAGACGUACAAGCGGCAGGCGGAGGUGUUGCAGAGCAAGCUGGACGAUGCGUUGAAGGAGCAGGCAAAGCUGGAGGAGAAGGUGCACGAAAGCGAGGAGCAAAUCGAGUCACUUACCAACGAGAAACGCGAAGUUGCUCGGCAGAUGCGCGAGAUGGAAACCAUAUACGAGGCGGAGCGCAGCGCCAUGAUGAAGGAGAAGGAGGAGAUGGCCAACCGAGAAGAAGAGAUGCAGGCAGUCAUUCAGAGGCUGAAGGACAGCCUGGCGCAGAGGAACCUCGACGAGGACCGCCCAACCAGGCAAUCGGUGAAUAGCUCGCCAAGCAUCGACAAUGGAAGCUUUGCGCCGCCAUCUUCUAUCCAGCGCAGCGACUCGCGGAACAAUUCCAAACUGUUGCUGCAGAAGGACAAGCUGAUCGAGUCGCUGAGACUCGAGCUGGCCGAGGCGCAGAUCAAGUUGGUCGAGUCGCAAAAUCAAGGCGGCGGUCGGCUGCAGGAGGUCGAGCGCCAACUCAUGGAGGCCCGUGUGGCCAAUGCGAGGCUAAUGGAAGACAAUGAGAGCUACCAGCUCCUUUUGCAAGAUCGUACGCUCAAAGGAGACUUCGCCACCAACGACUUCAGCUACUCUGGCGGCGCCUCGGCGAACCAAGACGCCCUGGCGGCGCUAGAGGGGAGGACCAACGGCACCAGCUUGGCCGAAGAGCUUUCGGGAGCCAACGAGGAAGACACGGAGACGCAGCGACGGCUGGAGACGGAAUUGAAGAAUGUUAAGGACCAGAACAAGGCCCUGACACUUUACAUCAACAAGAUCAUAGAACGGCUGUUGCAGCACCAGGGAUUCGAGCACAUCCUUGACCAGACAAACGAUGCCAAGGGCAGUGCUCCCGACACCAACAAAGACCUCCCUCCCCCGCCGCCUCCGAAGCCCGCCGCGGGGCCAUCGCUCCUCCAACGCGCCAAGUCUAUGGCGAUCGGCAGCGGGAGCUCCGCCGCAACGAGGCCCAAACCCCGGCCUAUGACCUUCGCGCCUUCGGCCAACCAAACCAGCGCCGCCUCCGCGAUUAGCAACCCAGACACGGCGCCCAGCAUCCCCAUCGGCCUGAACCGGUCAGCCAGCAGCCGGCGGAGUCGGCCCAUGAGCGAGCAAUACACCAGCGUAGCCGGUGCCGCCAGCAUCGUCAACGCCAUGUACAAGGGCCCCGGCGCCGUCGACGGCCCGCUCUCGCCGUCGCUGCGCUCCAGCGGAACCUUCUUCAACCUGCCGCAGGGCGCCGGCAACCGCACGAGCGCCAGCACCAGCGGCAACUUCCCGGGCAUGAGGUCCGAGACGAGCAGCACCAGCGGCGAGUCGGUGUCGGCCGCGACACCCAACACCGAGGUGAGGAGCACCAGCAGCAGCGCCUCGCCGACCCAGAGCCCGCCGCGGUCGGUGCACCAUCACGAGAAGGGCGCCACGUUCGCGGGGAACAAGCCCAGGCCGCUGAGGCUGGUGCAGGAGACGGCCGAGGCGGCGGCGGCGGCGGCGAAUGCGAACAGGAGGCAGAGCUGGCUCGGUUUCUUGGGCGGUGGCUUUGGCGGGAAGAAGGAGGAGACCACUACCUCGGGUGUCGGGGGCGAGGUUAUCCGGGAGUGAGAGAUGGUAAUGAGAAUGAUGAUGUGCGGUGACUUAUCCUUAAAGAUUGUCCGAGGGAUCUAUUUUCUUGUUUUCCUAACCUUUUUUUCUUUCUUAUCAGCUUGUCUGCAUCUCCCUCAGAAAGAGGAUGUCCACUUGUUUUUCUGUCGUCG